AUGAGGCUCCCAAACUUCAAUAGUCUGUAUCUGCAAUUUACAGGUUAUUUCUAUCUGAUAGGGCCUGCUCAAGCGAGCUCCAGCCUGGUUCCUUUCGCAUUCGAGCCCCUGCCUCUGGGGAGCAUCAGCCCAAAUGGAUGGCUUCGCACAGAACUUGAGACAUCUGCCGCUGGAUUAGGAGGACAUCUUUAUGACUUUUGGCGAUUUGUGGCAGACUCAACUUGGAUCGGAGGUGCCUCGGAAUACAGUGUUCUCAACGAGGCUAUGCCAUACUGGGUGAACGCCCUCGUUCCACUCUCGUACACCCUACCGGAUGAACGGUUAAAAGCUCAAGUACAUUCUGUGGUUGAUACAAUCUUGGAUCGUAUUCAACCGGAUGGCUGGAUCGGACCCGAAACCCUUGCCGGAGGAGAGCGCAUGAUCUGGGCAAGGACAUUGCUAUUCCUAGGGUUGACUAACCUCGCCGACGCAAAUUCAACGUAUCAAGUGCCGAUUGUCAAUGCGAUGCACCGGUUUAAUGCUCUCAUGAACUCGAUGUUGAAACAAAACGGCACUGGAAUGAUCUAUCAUGAGGGCGACAAGCCUAGCGCUAACGACUUCUCCUGGUUCCGUUCACGGGCAGAAGACAUGAUGGUCAGUUUGCAGUGGCUGAUUGAUUAUCACCCUGGAAAUCAAAGUGCAGUCCUGAAAGAAAAUAUUGAUAUGCUCCAUCAAUUCGCCGAUAAAUGGGAAGGCUGGUAUACCGAGGGCAGCUACAUCAAGGAGGAUCUUUAUAACCUCCCGGAGUCUGUUACGGACGAUCAGUGGGCAUUCCUCCACGGUGUCACCAUCGCAGAAGCCGUUCUGCGGCGCUCUACCUCGAACGAUAGCCUUUUGACAACCGCAAAGAAUGGGGUAGACUGGACAUUCCAAUAUCACGGUUCCGCAUCGGGCACAAUUCUCGCCGAUGAGCGUACUGAUGGGCUUAAUGCCUACUACGGCUCGGAACUCUGCACAGAUGUAGAGAUAAUCUAUUCCCUCGCUUACAAUUACUUUGCAAUCGGUGAUUCGGACUAUGCAGAUCGUGCAGAGCUUACUGCCUUCAAUGCUCUACCUGCUGCCGUUUCAGGUGACUGGUGGAGCCAUCAAUACAUGACGGAGCCUAACCAGCCUUUCUCAAAGAAUUUGUCUGCCACGCCAUUUUUCGACACUAACACCCUGAGUCAGACCUUCGGCCUAGAGCCUAAUUAUCCUUGUUGUACUGUAAAUCACCCACAGGGUUAUCCCAAAUUUACGAUGUACAGCUACCUCCGGAAGGGCAAAACGGGCAUCGUCCAUGCACUGCUCAGUCCUGGUCGUGUCGAAACUCAAGUUCAAGGGAAGCCGGUUUCCGUGGACUGCCAGACAGAUUAUCCCUUUAACAGUACCUUUUCCUAUACCGUCGAAUGCAAGGAUUCGUUUGAGUUGUACCUGCGUGUACCUAAAUGGGCUACCAGCACUACUGUGCAGGUUGGGGACUCGCAAAUACAUACGCCACCCGUGGAUCCGCACUCGGGUCUGAUCGAACUCAAAGUGCCUUCUGGAACUACGAAGAUUCGAUAUGAUCUAGGAAUGGAACUACAAACAGUCUCUCGUGCGAAUGACACAGUUGCCAUCUACAGAGGCCCGCUGUUAUAUGCAUUCCAUAUUCCGCAUACUGUGUCGUCGGGGCCCCCAAAGUUUUACACCAACCAGACAGACUACCCAGCCGGGACAUAUCCUCCCCAGGCUCAGGAUCAUACCCUGUUGAAUACAACCGAGUGGAAUAUUGCCAUCGACCCGACGACCUUGGAAUUUCAACAAGGCGAUGGACCAUUGCCCUCGCCGACAUUCGAAGAUGGAAAGUUACCUGCAUACGUUACAGUAAAGGCUUGCCUUAUUGACUGGCCCAUGUUUGUGGGAGCUGUGCCUGGCACUCCGAUUCCGAAGAAUGAGCGAAAAUGCCUCGGGGAUACUUUUGAGGCAAUUCUUCGGCCGUAUGGCAGCGCCAAGCUACACAUGUCUGAUCUGCCUACGAUUGAUCUUUCGGGAUAA